GAAUUAAUAUUUUUUUUGUUGUUUCAACAGCUUAUUUUUUUCAGUGUAUAUUUAGAUCUCAACUAAUAACUGUCUUAUUUGUCAGGCAAAAAACGGCAACAGCGGCGUGUCGAGCGUGAUGGGCGGCAACGGCGGCGGCGCGGCGGGGGUCGCGGGCGACUCCCUCGACCGCAACAGCAACACUUCGCCGCGCGAUUGCGGUCCGCAGGACCGGCAGAUCGCCACCAUCGAGUCGCAUGCGCGACCGAUGCCCAUACCGACGGUCACCUGCGACCUGGCCAGCGACAUCUCCACCAGCGACGCCGGCGACGCCUUGGUCGACAGCGGCGAGCAAAAGGACACACUCAAGGUUUUUGGCAGUUCAGCCCCGCAAACGGCGAGGAACCCCCUCCUGGCGGCGAGCCAGUUCCGCGGCUCGACGCUGUCCGUGAACGGCGAGCUGCAGCAGCAGGCCGCGACGAUAUCGCGCAAUCGGCAACCCUCGAUCGGCAUCGACGCCGACAUGGUGUCGGAGUUCGACCCGAGCAGCAGCGACUCGGGCGUCGUGGCCCAGUGCACCGCCGUGAAGCCCCUCAAACUGCGGCUGUGCAAGCCGAUCUUCGGGCGGUCGAAGGCGGCGACGAAGCCGCCGCACGAGAAGAAGCGAACGAAACGAAACGACAAGUCGGCGGCGGCGGCGAGCCCGAACGCCGCCGAGCACGCGCCGGUGCCUCGCGUCCAGAAGCCGAGAGAUCCCGAGCGCGAGAAGCGACGGAUAGCGAGGAAGAAGGAGAAAAGGGCCACCCUGAUUUUGGGACUCAUUAUGGGCUCGUUCAUCGCCUGCUGGCUGCCGUUCUUCUUUUUGUACAUACUCAGGCUGGCCUACGAUAUUCCUGGAAUUGCCUUCAGCAUUGUGUUCUGGUUAGGAUACAUGAAUAGCGCAUUGAACCCGGUGAUCUACACCAUCUUCAACAAGGACUUCCGGCGCGCUUUCAGACGCAUCCUGUUCAAGUGAUGUUUGGCGUACGUGUGCUGCUACGAGUGCGUCACGCGCAAGAUACGCACGGCGCAGUACCGCAGCGCACCUAGCGCCCUCUACAGACAUUAAAGCGAAACCAUAAAAACUAAAACAAACUUAGCAACAGGCCAGUCGACAAUCGUUUUACUUACACACUUAUGAAUUUUAGUUUGUUCGACUUUUCAAUCAGUUCAGUUCGGUCUUGGAAGUGUAAAAAGGUAUGUGAGUUGUUGACCAACUAAUUACUUCAAAUGUACGGUUUACUCGGUUAUGAAUGCCUUUCUCCAGGCGAUGUUACAUAAUCAGCAUCAUCUGAAAGUUUUAGCAUAUUUUAUUGCAAAUCAUAACCACAACAGCAAAAAACUGCGAUUGUUUAAUAAUUCUUUCGACCAAAUAAAAAGCAAUAAUAAAGGUUAGAAUUUUAUGUAGUUGUUUUAAAUAAUAGCAAAAAGAUGGUGCUGAUUGUUAAAACCGAUGUUUUGUUUUUUAUUGUUUUUAAAUAAAUAAAGGAAUAAAUCUGACGCAUUCUGGGUUGCCUAUAUAAAUAUAUGCAUAUUUGUAUAAAAAUCAAUUGCAGGAUGCUUUAACAAAAAC